GAUAAUGCAAAUUGUCAUUAUGACAGCCUUUUUUUUCGGAAAAUGGGGAAAAAUAUAUUUAAGACUUAUCAAUAGAUAAUUCAUAUGUACAAUUAGUUUGAUAUUACUUUUGUUUACAAAUUUAACAUGAGUGCUUCGACUUCGAUUCAGAAUUUAUUUUCACUUGCAUCUCGUGAGCGAUGCAUGACAAAUUUAAGGAAAUUUCGUGUGCCAUUAUUAAACAAAAGAGGAAUACAGCCUUCAGCGACGGCUGCGGUCUUAAUUCCUUUAUGUCGUGUAAAUAAUAUCACUACUUUACUCUAUACGGUAAGAUCAGCCAACUUAAAGAGCCACAGUGGACAAAUAUCUUUUCCCGGUGGUAAAACUGAUGAAGGUGAGACGCCAAUUGAAACUGCUCUGAGAGAAACGAGAGAAGAAAUAGGUUUAUCACCGGAAAAGAUUGAUGUAUGGGGUUGUGGUCCAGCUUUGCCUGGUAGAAACAAUAAAAUAAUGAUCACUCCAGUCAUUGGAUGUGUUGCUGAUUUAAAAGAAGAUGACUUGUGCCAAAAUACAGAAGAAGUGGAGGAAGUUUUUGCUGUCCCCAUUGAAAACCUGUGUGAUCCUAAAAACCAAUUUCAUACUCAGUUUUCUAAUGGAUUCAUUCUGCCAGUUUUUAUUGCUGAUGAACAUAAAAUUUGGGGUAUCACUGCUUAUAUAACUCAUUUAUUUUUGAGCUGUUUGCUACCUAAAGAUGUUUAUAGAAAUGAAUGGAUGAAAAAAAAAAUAGAUAUUAAAGAUAUAAAUUGACAUGGGAUAGGAAAAUAAAUUUAUAAUUUUGUAAUUUAUUUUUAUACAGAUAAAUUAUUGUUUAAAGAAAACUCGUUAUUUAUUAUUUUUGACAAUUUAUUGAAAGUACAAAAGCUACAUUAUCACAAGCAUCAUUUAUUUUACUUUCAUAAAAAGCUUUGAGCAUAUACUGGCAAAACACAGUUAUAGUUUAAUCUAAAAAAGAAUUAUUUAAAGA